CGCGCUGCUCUUUAACGUUACAGCUGCAAGACUACAGGCAGCAUGUGAGGAGUUUAUUUUGAUUUACUCAGACUUAAAUAGUAAAAUAAAUUAAACCUUUAUUCAAGGUUUCUGAGGCGCCAUGCCUGAGAGGACACUUCCCGCCUCCCCUAAUUGGUACAACUCGCGCUGCAGCGAUGUCAGCAGGAGCGGUUUGUUGGGAGUCGGGGCCAAAAACGUAAUCUACUUGAUAGAGGUCUCUGCUGCCUCAUGCAGGGUUACAGGUGAGCUUGCUGGCCACAGAGAUUUGGUGUCAGGAUUUUCCUUCUGCCAGCACCCUGAGCAGAGUCACAUCUGUGUCAGCUCCUCCACUGAUGGCAGCAUAAUCUACUGGGACUCCAGCAAGAAGACUUUGAUCAGCAAGAAUGUGGCGCAUCAGAGUGCCAUCUCAGCAGUGCACUGGUCCCCUGUGGAUAAAAACCUGGUGGUAUCGGGUGACGAAAAGGGAGUGGUGGUCUGCCACUGGUUCCACACCGGUGACACAACCAGCUUCUUCCCUGAGCCAAGGACCAUUUUCUGCCUGACCUGCUCUCCUCACAGCUGGAAGUCUGUGGCUGUAGGGUACAAAGACGGGAUGAUCGUGCUGAUUGACAUAAGUAAAAAAGGCGAGGUGAUGCAGCGUCUGCGGGGGCAUGACAACGAGAUCCAUUCGCUGGCAUGGUCCCCUCAGAUCGGAGAGGAGGCCCUUUACGCCAGAGCUGAUGAACACGAAGCAAACAAUGGAGUUUCAACAGGAGAAGAUUCCGGCUGCUAUCUGGCUUCUGGGAGCAAAGACCAGACGGUGAGAAUCUGGAGCACUGCCAAGGGAAAAGGCGUGAUGACUCUAAAGCUGCCGUUUCUUAAGAGAAGAGGCUCUGCUGUUGACCCUGGGGUAAAAGAGAGGAUCUGGCUCAACGUCCACUGGCCGAAGGGACGAGCGAUGCAGCUCGUUUCCAGCUGCUUCAGCGGUGAGUUGGUGAUGUGGGAUUUGACCAAAACUGGGAAGCAGAAGUGGAGUCUGUUCGGAACAUCUUCUGAGGGUCAGAACCACAGCCGGAUUGUUUUCAACAUGAGUUCUGUUCAGCUGCAGGACGGCCAAGAGCUGCUGAUCAGCACUUCUAUGGACAGAGAGAUUAAAUGCUGGGACCUGAACUCUCUGAGUUGCUGCUGGACCCUUCCCACCCUGGGGGGCCACAUCUACACCCUGACCUUCUCCCCCGUGGGUGUCGGCUGUUUGGCGCUGGGCGUCGGCGACAACUUGAUUCGAGUGUGGAACACACUGAGCACCCAGAACCAGUAUGAUGUCAGAUCCUUUUGGCAGGGAAUCAAGUCGAAGGUCACAGCGCUGGCAUGGCACCCGCAAAAAGAGGGAUCCUUGGCCUUUGGAACCGAUGAUGGAAAAGUUGGGAUCUAUGACGUCUUUUCCAGCAAGCCUCCUCAGAUAUCGAGCUCCUAUCACAGGAAGACUGUGUACACAUUGGCCUGGGGGCCCCUGGUCCCUCCACUGUCAUUUGGUGCUGAAGGAAAGCAGAGCUACAGUCUGUACAGCUGUGCUGGUGAAGGUGUGAUCCUGCAGCACGACCCAUGGAGGCUAAACGGAGAGGCAUCAGAUAUCGACAAGCUUAUCAGAGACACCAACAACAUCCAGCACAAGUUGUCUCCACACACAGACCUCAGCUGGAAGCCGGAUGGGAAGGUUGUCGCCAUUGGCAACGAGGAUGGGAGCAUCGAUGUUUACCAGGCUCCAAGUCUGAAGCUGCUGUGCAGCAUCCAGCAGCACCACAAGAUCAUCAACACGUUACAGUGGCAUCCUGACCAUGGCUCUACACCUGAACUCCACUGCCUGCUGGCCUCAGGCUCCAGUAACGCCAUCGUCUACGUGCACGAUCUCAAAACUGUCUUAGAAAAUCCCCCUGAGAGCCCAGUGCUGCUGACUGAGCCAUAUCGUAGGCUGCCUGGGCACACGGCUAAAAUCACCGGCAUGGCCUGGAGUCCACACCACAGCGGCCGACUGGUCACUGCCUCGUACGACGGCACCGCUCAGGUGUGGGAUGUCCAAGAGGAGGCAGCUAUCUCCAACUACCGCGGCCACACUGGUUAUUUGCUGUGUGUGGAUUGGUCUCCGGUUGAUCCAGAUGUGAUUUGGACUGCAGGGAAAGACUUUACGGUUCACGAGUGGAGGGUGUCUGAGCAGGAGUUCACAAAGCCUCCUAAAGGUAAAGGGAAGAAGAUGGUUCUGCUGCAAGAGAAGAAGCAGAGAAAGAAGAACACUGGAUCCGGAGGACCGGUUGAGCCAAAGCUAAAUGGAAAUGUAGUGGCUGAAGGAAAGGUGACGAUAGAGCAGGGUCCCUCUGUUGAAGAUGAAGAGGAAGAAGUAAUCUCAACAAACAGCCUGGAUUCUCCAGCAGCAGCUCCUGAGAUGCAGAGGAAACCCACUUCUGCUGCAAAAAGUAAAGAGAAACCAGAUCUGCUGAAGAAGAAAAAGCCUCGCUCCAUGCUGCCCCUCAGUACAUCCAUGGACCACAGGCCUAAAGAGGAGCUGCUGCAAGACUGCGUGACUCUGGCUUCAGUCAGAAACUCCGAUGCACCACCUGCAGGCUGUGUCCCAGGCAAAGGAGAUUACAUCCAUCUGGGUUUGUUUCAUGACAGAGAAGCCCUUUACCGGAUGUUUGAGGCUGAAGAGGAGAGCCAUGUGGAGGCAGGCCACUAUGAUUCUGUCACGUAUCUGCGGCUGUGGAGCGGAGACCUCCAGGGGGCGCUGCAGCUAGCCACUGAAAGAGGAGAGCUGAACGACCACCUGCUAUCUAUCGCUCCCAUGGCUGGCUUUGAGGUGUGGCGCCGUACAGUAGAGGCGUUUGUCAAACAGCUGUGUCUGCAGGAGCAGUUCCUGAAGGCAGCAUCCCACCUGCUGUCACUCAACAAGGUGUAUGAAGCUGUCGACCUGCUCAGAUCCAACAAGCUCUACAGGGAAGCCAUAGCUUUGGCAAAGGCCCGGCUUUCAGCAGAGGACCCUCUGUUGAGGGAUCUUUACACGUGUUGGGCUGCUGUGCUGGAGAAAGAUGGACAUUUAUCUUCUGCUGCUAAAUGUUUCCUUGCUGCUGGCUGCAGUUUCGAUGCAGCCAAAGUCAUUUCCAAAAAAAACGACGUCCCGUCCCUGAGGACUGCAGCCGAUAUGGCAAGAAUCUCCGGAGAGAAAGUUCUGGCUCAGUCACUGACGCUAAGAUGCGCCAAAGACCUUGCAGCUGCUCAGGACUGGGUUGGCGCACAGGAGGUCCUGAGCUCCCAGAGCCCCCUACUGGCCCACAGACUCCACUUGUGUGUGGCGGAGCUGUUGUCUGUAACGCUUGCAGGCUCCGGCGUCUACUCCCCAACUUCCUGUGUCUCCAGUCAUCCGUGGGCAACGCUAAAAGGUUCCAACACCCUGCAGGACAGAGUGAGAGACAUCUGGGACGAAGAGUUUCAGGUUUUCCCAAACUCAGCUGGAGAUUUGAGCACUGAGGUUCUUCUACAAGAGCUGAAGUCUGUGGAGACUCCAGCACGGGGUGCUAGUAUCCCUCUCAGACAGGCCCUGUUGUACUCGUCAGUCCAUCUAACUCGCUCCCUGCUCAGCUGGUUACAGAACGAUGAUAAACUGCUUAUUGCAGAGCUGUGGCAGUCUUUGGCUUGGGUCAGGGAGACAGGAAACUUUGGUGUCACUGCAAUGUUCUGCCGGCUGCUCUUCCCCGAAGGUGAUGUCGGGAUAUUUUCCAGCAAGCAUUCCAAAACCCUCCAACACUUUGAAGCUGAAGCCAGCAGCCUGCAGGCGUUUGUUUGUUACCAUCGUCUUUAUGAGUGCUGGUGGGGGAACUCGGAGGUCAAAAAUGGAACCUGCUCAGACGGUGAGAACGAGUUAAACAGCAAAGAGACGACUGCAGAAACGCUGGAGUUGGAGGAGAGCAUCUGCAAAAGGAGCAGCAGCUCUAAAGAACUUGACUUUGAGCCGUCGGUGCUUCUGUCUGAGCCCCAUGCUGCCUGUCAGGCUAUUCAGAAAUCUGUAAGAGAUCUCCAGGAGCGACUGUCCGCUAUGGUUCUACAGCACAGCCAAGUCCGACAAGGACAACCGGACAGUCAGUCACAAUCCUCAGAUCAGCAGGAAGCAGCUAAGGAAGCGCAGAGUUCUGAAGAACAGGAAACGUUUCUCUCUUUGUCCUCAAAGAUAUCCAAACUCCAAGAGGAGAUGACUAACAUUCCCAACACAAUCAAGAUGUUUCCUCGCCCAGAUGUGGUGGAAUGUUGCCUUGUUCUCUUGCAUCUCAGCAAGACUUCUCCCAUGUCUGAUGCUCUACAAGAACAAGCAAAAGACCUGCUCCAAAAAUAUGGAACAAGUCCCUUCAUCUUAAAAGCAUCCCGAAGAUUCCUGACAACAUCCGGCUUUCAUUUGGACUGAAACAAACUCCUCACUCACAGCUUUUUCUGAAAUAAAACUAUCUUUGAAAAUAAUUGAGUCAAUGAAA